AGUGAUCAACUGAUCAUCUUGGAUUCUCCUUGCUCAAAAGAAACACAAACAAAAAUAUCAGCAUAAACUUAGAGUAUUCAUACUGUACAGUACAAGUUACAUUGUAAAGUUCAGAUUUUGAUACAAAAAAAUGGUUAGUUUAGGGGCGAUUAUGAAACACCCAGAUGAAUUUUACCCUCUUUUGAAGUUGAAAAUGGCGGUAAAUAAAGCGGAGAAGCAGAUCCCUUCUGAAGCUCACUGGGGUUUUUGCUACUCUAUGCUUCACAAAGUUUCAAGAAGUUUUGCACUUGUUAUUCAACAACUUGGCACUGAUCUUCGCAAUGCUGUAUGUGUCUUUUACUUGGUCCUUCGAGCCCUUGACACUGUAGAGGAUGAUACAAGCCUAGCCGAUGAUGUCAAAAUACCUAUCCUGAGAGCUUUUCAUGAGCACAUAUAUGAUCGUGACUGGCAUUUUUCUUGCGGUACAAAGCACUACAAAGUUCUGAUGGAUGAGUUCAAUUACGUCAGAACUGCUUUUCUGGAACUCGAUAGAGGUUACCAGGUAGCAAUAGAGGAUAUCACCAAAAGGAUGGGUGCAGGAAUGGCAAAAUUUGUCUGCAAGGAGGUUCGUGCAAAUGUGUUACAGAAAGCCUUUAUAUACAUAAAAAGUACUUUAAGAUCAAUUUGCUUGACCCCUCCCAAAUAUCUUGCAGGACUUGUUGGUUUAGGGCUAUCAAAGCUUUUCCAUAACGCUGGUUUGGAGGAUCUAGCUCCAGAAUAUCUUUCCAAUAACAUGGGUUUAUUUCUUCAGAAAGUAAACGUCAUUCGUGAUUAUCUUGAAGAUAUAAAUGAGAUCCCAAAACGUCACAUGUUUUGGCCUCGAGAGAUUUGGAGUAAAUAUGUUAACAAACUUGAGGAUUUGAAAGAUGAGGAGAAUUCAGAGAAGGCAGUUCAAUGUUUAAAUGAAAUGUUGACUAAUGCCUUACUGCAUGUGGAAGAUUGCUUUAAGUACAUGUCAGCUUUGCAGGAUCAUGCUAUAUUCCGAUUUUGUGCUAUUCCACAAAUCAUGUCCAUUGGAACCUACGCUUUAUGCUACAACAACGUUCAAGUGUUCAGGGGUGUGGUGAAAAUGAGACGUGGUCUCACUGCUGUAGUUAUUGAUCAGACAAACACAAUGCCAGAUGUUUAUGGCGCCUUUUAUGAUUUCGCCUGUAUGAUGAAACUAAAGGUUGACAAGAGGGAUCCAAAUGCCACCAAAACACUAAGUAGAAUUGAAGCAAUCCAAAAGAUUUGUAGGGACUCUGGAACUCUAAACAAAAGGAAGCUGCACAUUGUGCAUACCAAGUCAGCUUACACUCCAAUAAUGAUGAUGGUGCUCCUCAUCAUAGUGGCAAUCAUAUUUGCUCGUUUAUCUGCCAAUCGACAAAAUCCUUAAUUAUUACGAAGGGCACAUUAACGUAUAGCCAAACUCGAUUUGUAUGUAAUAUAAGCUAGAGCUACCUGCCAACAGUUUUGGGUCUGGUUUUUGCAGGUGUGGCUUCUAUGGUAUAUUGUUGUAUCAUAAAUUAUCAUAUAUAGGGAUGCUUAUGUUUUUUUUAAGGCGUAAACCCAUGACUUCUUAUAUGUUGUACCUUGUAAUUCUAUUCUAUAUGCUACUAUUUAUUGUAGCACAUGAAUCACUUGAGACUUCAAAGAUGAAUGUAAAGGAAGAUUUUUGUGUGGCU